AUGAUAGAAUUAAACAUGGCAGUUGAUGGAUAUCGUAUAAUUCUUGACAACGAUCUUGAUGAAUGGUCAGAUGUUGAAGCGGUUGAAGAAACGAAUGAGAGUGGACAGGGGGGGGAAACGUCAACAAGACAAAAUUCAAGUAAAUCAGUGAAGGUGGAUGUAGAAUACCAAAAUGAACUAAGGAAAAUUAUCCUUAGCAUACAAAAUGAUCUUAGUAUAUCGCAGGAUGAAAAGGCGAAGAAAGUUCAAGUAACUAAUAUUUACAACAUUGACAAUGAAUCUGUUGAUGAUCUCAAACCAACAUAUACUGUAAGCGUUAAAUUAGCACGGUAUUACUGUGAUAAAUGUAAAUUCUGGGAUGAUCAUCCGCUUAGAGACAUUUAUCAUUGUGAUCAUUGCGGAAUUUGUCGGAAGGGACGGGGUCUAGGAUACAAUACCAAAGUCUUGGAAAUAAAGUCAGGACUGCCAGAAAAUAAUCCACCCAAGAGUGAAGGAUCAAGCAGCUCGACAGUUAAUAGCGGGUCAUCUAAUAGUUCACAAGCACAACAGUCAAGUGUUACGGAAGUCACUGGUAUGAUUCAGCGUGGAGAAGGGUCAUCUGAUAGGGAAUAUGUGACAGAACACCAGACAAGAAAUCCCAUGAAUUCAAUAGAAUCAAAUAAUGAUGCUUAA